AUGCCAAAAAAGAUUCUCUGUGUAGCCGAGAAGCCAUCAGUUGCAAGAGAAGCUGCUAAGAUUCUUUCUAAUGGGCACAUGGAAACAAAAAAGGGAAAAUCCAAAUUUAACAACAAUUUUGUUUUUCAACGAGAUUUUCAAGGUGAAGAUGUCAAAGUUGUCUUUACAUCAGUAGCCGGUCACGUUCUAAACUAUUGUUUCCCACCAGAAUGCAAAAAUUGGCAAACUUUUGGAAAUACGAAGUUAUUUGAUUGCCAACUUAACACUUGUAUUACAGCCAACAUGGAAAAAGUUGUUGGUAAUCUUCAAACGCAAGCAAAAAAAGCCUUUUUAGUUUUCCUUUGGCUCGAUAAUGAUCGAGAAGGCGAAGGAAUCUCAGAAGAAGUUGAAGAAAUAUGCAAACAAGUUAAUGAGAACGCAAAUUACAAACGAGCCCGGUUUUCAGGCCUCUCACCGCGAGAAAUUAUCCAUGCAUUCAAUAAUCCCACACCUAUCAACAGAAACGACGCAGCAGCAGUCAAACUACGCCAAGAAAUCGAUCUACGCAUUGGUUCCGCCUUCACACGCUUCCAGAGUCAGUUCAAAGGCAUGUUACAAAAUGCCGAACUUAUUUCAUUCGGGCCAUGUCAAUUUCCUACUCUUGGCUUUGUUGUAGAAGCCUUCUUCAAUCACAUCAAGCAUGUUCCUGAAUCUUUUUGGAAGAUCGAACCUUUAAUCACAAAAGAUAACAUAAAAGUGACUCUUAAAUGGGACAGAAAACGAUUAUUUUGUAAACUGUCAGCAUUUGCCAUCUACGUUGACAUUCUUGACAAUCCGAUGGCAAAAGUCCUCACAGUUGAUGAGCGCGAAUCAUUAUCAAACAAGCCAUUACCGCUGAGCACAAUUGAGCUGCAAAGAAGAUGUUCGAAGUACUUGAAAAUCAGUGCACAACGAUCAAUGGAAGCCGCUGAAAAAUUGUAUCAAAACGGUUGUAUAUCAUAUCCAAGAACAGAAACUGAUUCAUUUUCAGCGGAUUUCAAGUUUAAAGAUAUUGUAAAUGCACUCACAAGAUUCAAAGGCGAAAUCGGACAGUACUCCAAUAAAAUCCUGCAGCAGAUUGUUCCUCCAAGAGCUGGAAAACACUCGGAUAACGCACACCCUCCUAUUUAUCCGAUAAAAGUGCCAGAUAAAUUUGACACUCCCGAUCAACAAAAAGUUUUUGAAUUUGUUUGUCGUCACUUUUUAGCCUGUUGUUCAAAAGAUGGAGUUUCUUUGGCAACACGUGUCACUUUUGAUAUUAAUGGUGAGCAAUUUCAUUUGAAAGGAACAAGAGUAUUAGAAGAGAAUUGGCAUGAAAUAUAUCCAUACAUUCCUUUCAAAGGAACGAAAAUUCCUGAAUUUAAAGUCGACGAAUUGAUUUCACCUACAAAUAUAGAACUAAAUGAAGGAAAAACGACAGCUCCUCCUUUACUAACUGAACCUGAUCUCCUAAAGAAGAUGAAUCAGGAAGGAAUAGGAACAGAUGCAACUUACCAAGACCACAUUGCGAAAAUUAUGGAAAGAAAAUACAUUGUUCAAGAAAACAACUAUUUUAAACCAACACCACUUGGUUUGGCAUUAAAUGAUGGCUACGAAGGAAUGGGAUUCGAUUUCAUGAAACCAAGACUGAGAGCAGAAAUGGAACAAGGAUUGCAGGAUAUAUCAAGUGGAAGACAAACAUAUGAUGCUGUAAGAAAUAAUUUCAUCAAACAGUAUAGAGAUGCAUAUGUAACUGCUGAAAGAAUGUACGAUGUUUUAACAAGAGAAUUCACAAGACAGAAAAAUAAUCCUUACAACGCUCCUCUCCCUGUCGAAGAACAAGCAUCAAAAAGAAGUAAAUCUAAAUCUGAUGGCAAAACAAAGAAAAAGAAAUCUUCGUCAUCAAAAUCAACAAAAUCAUCAAAAACAUCAAAAUCUUCAAAAUCAUCAAAAUCAUCAAAAACAGCAACAACAAGCACAAGAAAACCAUGA